AUGGAAAAUUAUAACCAAACGUCAAGUGAUUUCAUCUUAUUAGGACUGUUACCAUCCACAAAAAUUGGCCUAUUCCUCCUCAUAAUCAUCAUUGUCAUUUUCUUAUUGGCUGUGAUUGGCAACUUGUCCAUGAUCCUCCUCAUAUUGCUGGAUACUCAUCUCCACACACCCAUGUACUUUCUACUCAGUCAGCUCUCUCUUAUGGACCUAACUUAUAUCUCCACCAUUGUCCCAAAGAUGGCUUACAAUUUCUUGCUGAGAAACAAGUCAAUCUCUUUCAUUGGAUGUGGCAUCCAGAGCUUCUUCUUUUUGACUUUGGCAGGUGCAGAAGGACUUAUUUUGGCAUCUAUGGCCUAUGAUCGUUAUGUGGCCGUCUGCUUUCCUCUCCAUUAUCCUAUUCGUAUGAGCAGAAAAGUUUGUGUGCUCUUGAUAUCAGGGUCUUGGGUAAUAGGGUCAAUUAAUUCCUUUGCUCAUACUGCAUAUGCACUCCACAUUCCCUAUUGCAAAUCCAGAGCCAUCAAUCAUUUUUUCUGUGAUGUUCCAGCCAUGUUAAUUCUGGCAUGCAUGGAUACAUGGAUAUAUGAAUACACAGUGUUUGUGAGCACCAUUUUUUUCCUUUUUUUCCCUUUUAUUGGCAUUACCUAUUCCUACGGACGAGUUCUUUUGACUGUCUACCGCAUGCCUUCAUCAGAAGGGAAGAAGAAGACAUAUUCAACGUGCAGUACUCACCUUACUGUUGUGACUUUAUAUUGUGCACCGUUUGGUUACACCUAUUUACGCCCCAAAUCCUAUAGAUCCCAAACAGAAGAUAAGAUUCUGGCUGUUUUCUACAUCAUCCUUACACCAAUGCUCAAUCCUGUAAUCUAUAGCCUGAGAAACAAGGAAGUGAUGGGAGCCCUGAAAAGAGUAGUUCAGAGAAUCUAUUCUUUCAAAACAUAG